AUCACGCGCGGCGGGGCACCCCUCCAUAAAAGACCACCCUCCCCAGUCGCAGGCUCCUCUUGCUUCCUCCCUAGUCUUGUCCACUCAGUCGUCCCUCACCAAUUGACAGGAUGAAGACGUUCUACAACACCUACGCCAUCUGCGCCUUCGCCGCCAUCGGCGGAGGUCUCUUCGGUUUCGAUAUCUCUUCCAUGAGCGGUGUCCUGGGUACCAAUGGCUACAAGACCUACUUCGGCGAACCGAGCGGCUACCGCCAGGGUGGUAUCACCGCGUCUAUGCCAGCAGGGUCCCUCGUAGGCGCACUGUCCUCGUCCUUCAUCGCCGACAAACUCUCCCGAAGGACUGCUAUCCAGAUCGGAGCUGCAAUCUGGAUUCUCGGCUCCAUCUUCCAGACCGCCGCAAAUGGCGUUGCUCUUCUCUGCUUCGGCCGUGUCGUCUCCGGCAUCUCCAUCGGUAUUGCCUCGUCCAUUGUCCCCAUCUACCAAUCGGAAAUCGCGCCGAAGGAAAUCCGUGGUCGUGUCGUCUCUCUUCAGCAAUGGGCUAUCACAUGGGGUAUUCUGAUCCAAUACUUUAUUCAGUAUGGUGCAUCCUUCGUUGAUGGCGGCCCAAAGGCUCCAGACCAGGGAACUGCCUGCUUCCGCAUUCCGUGGGGCGUCCAGAUGGUACCUGGUGUCAUCCUCUUGGGCGGCAUGUUCUUCUUCCCUCGUUCUCCGCGUUGGCUUGCCAGCAAAGACCGCUGGGAGGAGUCGAUCCAGGUUCUUGCCCAUCUUCACGGCGGCGGCGACGUCAACCACCCGAAGGUCCUUGCCGAAUACAAGGAAAUCGAGGAGGCUCUCCGCUUUGAGCGCGAACAAGCGGAGACCAGCUUCGGUGCGCUCGUCAAGCCCAGGAUCUUUAAGCGUGUUAUCCUCGGCAUGUCCAUCCAGAUGUGGUCCCAGCUUUGCGGCAUGAACAUUAUGAUGUAUUACAUCGUAUUCAUCAUGAAGGGUGCCGGCAUUGCCGAUGAGCUUCUCACGGCCUCCAUCCAGUACAUCAUCAACGUGGCCCUGACGCUCCCCGCUAUCAUCUGGCUUGACAGGUUCGGUCGCCGUCCCGCCCUGCUCAUCGGUUCGUUCUUGAUGAUGUCUUUCCUGUUCAUCUCUGGUGCUCUGCAGGGCGCUUACGGGCACCCCAAUCCGGACAAGACCGACCACGACAUCUCCUGGGUCAUUGGAAAGGAGCACUCGAGCGUCUCCAAGGGCAUCGUCGCCUGCUCAUACCUCUUCGUCGCUUCCUUCGCCACCACCUGGGGUCCGACUUCCUGGACUUACCCGUCCGAGAUCUUCCCGGCCAAGGUUCGUGCCAAGGCUGUCUCUCUCGCGACUGCCAGCAACUGGACCUGGAACUGUGCUCUCGCCUUCGCUGUCCCGCCGCUCCUGUGGAGCAUCAACUGGAAAAUGUACAUGAUCUUCGGAACCUUCAACGGCCUUGCGCUCAUCCACAUGUUCCUAACCGCUCCCGAGACCAAGGGCAAGACCCUUGAGGAAAUGGACGAUGUCUUCGACAUGGGUAUCCCCGCUUGGAAGACCCGGCCCGCGGGCUCGCGUCUCGACCAAAUCCAGCGCGAUAUCGAGAAGGGCGAGCUCAAGGUCCACCACGCCGCCAACACCGCCGAGACAGUCGAGACAGUCGAGCCCAAGACUUCGUAAGCUCACUUCUUGCGGUUCUGGUGGUUCGGGCGAAAUAAAUGUUUUGCAGCGGGUAUGUGCGGUUUUGUUCCCUAGUCUGCGAUCUC